AUGAACCUCGGAGGCCACAAACCCAUCACAUGUGCAGUUACCCGCCCCACCCAACACCCACUCACCCAACACCCACCCACCCACCCGCAACCGCUCAGAACGAGACAUAAACCAACUUUCGCAACUUCCACUAACGACCAACGGCCAACGACCAACCCCAUACAGGAUACGAUGGGUCCAGUGGAGGUGCCCGCGGACAGAUACUGGGGUGCUCAAACACAGCGCGCGCUGGAGCACUUCCAGUUUGGUGACCCCCACACGGAGCGGGUGCCGGAGGCGCUCAUCCGGGCGCUGGGGCUGGUGAAGAGAGCGGCGGCGGAGGUCAACACGCAGGCGGGGCUGUUGCGUCCCGAGCUGGGUCGCGCGGUCAUGGCGGCUGCGGGGGAGGUGGCGGAGGGCCGCCUGGGCGCCCACUUCCCGCUGCUGACCUGGCAGACCGGCAGCGGCACGCAGACCAACAUGAACGCCAACGAGGUUAUCGCGAGGAGGGCCGCCGAGAUCCUGGCCGCCACGUCGCCCAACGGGGCCACUGCCGUACACCCUAACGACCACGUCAACUUGGGACAGAGCUCCAACGAUACAUUCCCUACAGCCAUGCACGUGGCGGUGGCGCUACAGGUCCACCACCGCCUGCUGCCGGCACUGCAGGGGUUGCAGGAGGCCCUGGCCGCGAAGUCGCACGAAUUCGCGCGCAUCAUCAAGAUCGGGCGCACACACACACAGGACGCCACGCCACUCACGCUGGGACAGGAGUUCAGCGGGUAUGCCACGCAGGUGCAGUACGGCAUUGAGCGUGUACGGCAUGCCAUGGGCCACGUGUACAUGCUGGCUCAGGGCGGUACGGCAGUGGGCACUGGUCUUAACACAUUCCGGGGCUUCGCGGAGGCGGUGGCUGAGGCGCUCGCUCGCGAUACGGGUCUUCCCUUCGUCACCGCACCCAACAAGUUCGAGGCCCUGGCGGCUCACGACGCCGCCGUACAUCUGAGCGGCGCGCUAAACACCCUGGCGGAUGGGUAUACUGUCCACCUGCAGAUCGGUAACGACAUACGUCUCCUGGGCAGCGGUCCACGAUGUGGCAUCGGGGAGCUGCUGCUUCCCGCCAACGAGCCGGGCAGCUCAAUCAUGCCGGGCAAGGUAGUGAACCCCACGCAGGUGGAGGCCCUGAUCAUGGUGUGCGCACUGGUGAUGGGGAAUCACACAGCCGUCACCGUGGCCGGCAGCGCCGCCGGCGGCCAGCUCGAGCUUAACACAUGCAAACCGCUGAUUGCAGCUGCAGUACUGCGUUCCACCGGGCUGCUGGCCGAUGCCGUCAGGUCCUUCACGGUGCACCUGGUUUCGGGGCUCCGUGCGGACGAGGCCAGGAUUGCCCGGCUGGUACUGGGGGCGCUAAUGCUCGUGACAGCCCUGAAUCCCGUAAUUGGGUACGACGCUGCCGCCCGAGUUGCUAAGAAGGCGCACAGCGAGGGGAUCACACUUCGAGAGGCUGCGCUGGAUUUGGGCCUGGUCAGCGGCGAGGAGUUUGACCGUGUCGUACAGCCAUCCAAGAUGCUGGCGCCGUACGACCUGCCAGCGUUUGUAGGCAGCGGCGGCGGUGACGGCGACGCAGCUGCCGCUGCGGCCAUCAAUACCAGAAGCUUCACAGAGGACGGCGCCAGGCCAGAUGGCAGUUUUGGCAGCUGA